CCAGCAUGCAUUUACUCAACUGCGGCUGCUACCGGAAUUGUGCAUGUCCAUAAGGCGCUUUUCGGUCAGCAGGUUUUUUGAGGGCUUAACUUCAAAAGUUAGCGGCUGACUUUGCAUCAGCCGCAGGCCUUGGGAUAGGGGAGGGCACACUGAGACACCAAACAUACAAAUAGGCUGAAAGGUAUAGGAAGCGAGAACGCUCCUCGCCUGGCCAGCUUUGGGACUGAAGCGAGAAGUACUGAAGCCUGAAAGGGCUCCACGCGCGCGCAAGGGGCCGUUUGUUAUUAUCAAGGAUGUUGUGAUGACGCCACUGCCCCGUCUGCCCCUGGUCUGGCCAGUGAAGAAAGGGAAACCCCAAGGAAGGAGGAGGCCAGCGGGGAUUUCUCGAGCCAAGUGGUUCCCUCCCUCCGCAGUGGGAAGGAAGGGCGACCCUGAGCAGUCACUUCCAGGUCCUGCGACCCGAGCGGAGUUACCACGGAGACGUCUCUCCUCAAGCGCCGCUAGUCCAAAGUUUUUGUCUACGGGGCAGCCGCUGGGAUGCACGAACUGCGCAGAGUCAAGCUUGCGGCAGACACGCCCUACUCUGGGCAUUGCGACGUCCGAGGAGCACUCUGUGCGCCAUUUCCGCCCUCACUCUCUGCCCGACAUGGAAGGGGCGGAGCCGGCGGCAGGCGCUCUGCCUGCGCGUCACUUCCGGUGUGCCUACCGGCGACCACGGCAACAUGGCUCUGAACGGCGCUGGUGAGGACUUGAGCUGCGGGGGCCUGCGGCUGCGGGGUACGGGAGGCAGCCUGCUUCGGCAAGACCCCCCGGUGCCUUGUGCCUCUCUUCCCCCAGAAGUAGACGAUUUCUCCUGGGAGCCUCCGACCGAAGCGGAAACGAAGGUGCUUCAAGCGCGACGGGAGCGGCAGGAUCGCAUCUCCCGGCUCAUGGGCGACUACUUGCUGCGUGGUUACCGCAUGCUGGGCGAGACGUGCGCCGACUGCGGGACGAUCCUCCUCCAAGACAAACAGCGGAAAAUCUACUGCGUGGCUUGUCAGGAGCUCGAUUCAGACGUGGAUAAAGAUAAUCCGGCUCUGAAUGCCCAGGCUGCCCUCUCCCAAGCUCGGGAGCACCAGCUCGCCUCUGCCUCAGAGCUCCCCUCAGGCUCUCGGCCCACCCCUCAGCCCGCAGUACCCCGCCCAGAGCACUGUGAGGGGGCUGCAGCAGGGCUCAAGGCAGCCCAGGGGCCCCCCCCUCCUGCUGUGACUCCAAAUGCAGAUGUCCUGGCCUGCACACAGGAGGCCCUCCUGCAGAAGCUGACUUGGUCCUCAGCUGAACUGGGCUCCAGCACCUCCCUGGAGACUAGCAUCCAGCUGUGUAGUCUUAUCCGGGCUUGUGCUGAGGCCCUACGCAGCCUGCAACAGCUGCAACACUAAGAGACCCCCUCAUGAGAAAAACCCUCUAGAAAAACA